UAUCCCCUGCUUGUAUUUGGUAUCUUCCCGGGUAAAUAUUUACCACAAAAUGGCGGCGGUACGUUGUGUAAGUUGUGUGAAGCUGAGGAAACCGAGUUCUCUACCUCUUCCUGCCUAAGUUCUGAGCUGAUUAGCGAUGGCCGACAACAACGGAAGAUGCGAGCAAACCAACAACCCCAGGAAGAGAAAGUGUGACUCAGAAACGCCAAACCAAACAGGCACCAAGUGUGCUGUGGAGGACGGCUUCUCCUGGUGGACCUGCCUGAUGUUGGGGAUGCCGCACGAAAAGUCUCAGCCGCACACGGUGCCUGUCCAGUAUCAGCAGCAAACAGUGCCUGUCCAAAACUCCCAGAACUGUUGAGCCAUCUGUGCUGUUAGGCUGCUCUUAUUAUUUUUUUAAAGUGUUUGUUGAAUGAGACAAUUGCUAUUGUGUAAGACUUCCCAUGAAAUUAUAAUAGAAACCUUUUUACAACAUAUUUACUGCCAAAAAUCUCAGGGAUUUUAUUUUAGAUCAAAAGGUCUGAACUAAUAAUAAUAAUAAUCUUUAUUGCAUGUAUAGAUAAAGUUUUGUAGGAUUUGAGUAAAAAGAAUCAAUUUGUAAAACUUAAGAUUAAAGAAGAAAUUUAAUGUUCUGUCAAAUCCCAAGUUUAGAGGACUUAUCGUUAAUUUCGUAUCGUAGUCGUAGACAGUAUCGUUAAUUUUUGCUAGUUCAUUCGACAUUCCUUUCUGUCUGCUGGGGUGCAUUAAUCUGUACUAACCACAAGGCCAAAGUUAAGGUUUAUUAAGUAGAACUUUUGUACCGUGAGAAGCUGAAGACUUGGGGGAGGGGGGCACCCUCAGAUGGAGGACUCAGACCUACAAACAGCUUCUCCUAGCAACAGUCAUGUGACAGCAGAAGCCGGCUGUGAUUGGCUGCCGGCGGAGCCUGAGAGGCCCCUGCCGGGUGACUGCUGUGGAAGUGGGUGUGUCUCUCCUAGCAACAGUCAUGUGACAGCAGAAGCCGGCUGUGAUUGGCUGCCAGCGGAGCCUGAGAGGCCCCUGCCCAGUGACUGCUGUGGAAGCGGGUGUGUCUCUCCUAGCAACAGUCAUGUGACAGCAGAAGCCGGCUGUGAUUGGCUGCCGGCGGAGCCUGAGAAGCCCCUGCCCAGUGACUGCUGCGGUAAUGGGUGCGUUCCGUGUGUGAUGGACAUCUAUGAGCAGGAGAUGCAGCUGUGGCGGGAGGAGUGCCGAUCUCGCAGGGAAGGGAAACCCUCAGCACAGCAGGAGGAGUGCCGAUCUGGCAGGGAAGGGAAACCCUCAGCACAGAAGGAAAGCAGCGAUCCUAUGACUGCUGGGCCUGUGCUGAGUCCAGACAAGUACGUGACCUUUCAGCUGGAGAGCAUCCAGAGGCUGACCCAUGACACGACCUCUGACACAAAUGUGUACACGUUCCACAUUCCUGAGAACAGGCAGCUUGGGUUGGCCACGGGACAGCACAUCAUCUUAAGGUACAGCACAUCAGUACAGCACAUCACCUUAAGGUCAGUGACCGGACAGUACACGCCCAUCAGCCCGCCGGAUGCCAAAGGCUACUCCCAGGUGCUGAUCAAGGUGUAUCAGACAGGUGUGAUGUCCAGGUACGUGCGCUGCUGGAAGGUGGGAGACAGGGUGGAGUGGAGAGGGCCCUUCGGGACUUUCACCUACCGAGCAAACCAGGUGAGGGAGAUCAAAACAGCGCAGCCUGUAGUUGUGACUUUUCUUUGUUAGUAGUUGUGAGUGUUA